AUGCGGUUGGAAUCGAGUCGAGAUCCUGGUCCUGCCACUGUCCGCUCUGGACGACGGAAACUCAGACCUGGCGAACCAAGCGAUUGGAAUCAAAAGGCCAACGAUGCAGCUCCGCAGCCUCACACCCGUGGUACAGUCCAAAUACAACGACGUCUGGACCUGGCAACAGCGCCGCCGCCGCAGCUGACGAUGCGCAGAAGGGAGUCCAACAAUGCCAAAGGUGUAGACGCCACUCCCACCGUACCUGCAACUGCUGCUGAUGCUGUUGCUGCCGCCGCCGCCGCUGCGAAUGGUGGCCGCUCCAACAUUCCACCAUGGCAACCGGGGCUUGCUAGGGCUGCUUCGGAUGCCUACCGUCGCCCAAAGGGCACACUGAUGGACUCGUACGAUGGAGAGGAUGAGUCUGCCAACGAGCAACCUUCGCGCCGUACAAGGAGGAACUCUUCGCCCCCAAACCACCCUCGUCGCAGACUAAUGCCUGGAGCAUAUUCCGAGCCCUCGACACACAGAUCGGCGAGCGUCUCAUCGUAUGGCGGCGAUGAAGAUGACGAUCAUGGCCUCGAGGUGGAGGAGAUACCAGCUGACGGUUCGUCACGCCACAGCAGACACCACCUGUCCAGCCGUGAUGAGUAUCUCGAUUCCUCAAGCGAUAGAAACCGUUAUCGAAAGAGAUUUACACCACGACGGUAUUACUCUGACGACGAGCGGGACUCUGACCCUCCGCUUUCGGCCAGUGAUGUGCCUUCUACUUCGCAUACACGAGAAUCCUCCAGGGUCCGUGAGAGGAGCAUGUCAGCCCAUAAGGCUCAGCGCUAUCAGUUGACGCAUGUCAUUGAAGGUUCACGGCCACCUGUUGCAUCGAGAAAAAGCUCCAAUAAUAAGUUGGCCAGACGGGCAACAUCAACUGGACGAGACGGUGCAGGUUAUAGAUCGGCAGAAUCAGCCUACGAGGAUCGAGAUCCUAGAAGAUCAUUUACCAUGCGAUCUGCUCGUAGCCUCAACGGCUCGACUUCAGGACCCGCUCGUAUCUUGGGAAAUAUUUUUGGCAAUGCCGCUUCUGGGCCCAUUUCUCGGCCUGCUUCCAGGCCGGCCUCCAGGUCCAGACCUUCAUCGCCAGACAAAUUCUUCAAACUUGAAAAGCAAAGCAAGAUGGAGAAAAGAAAAGGGAUUGAAUGCGUCAUAUGUAUGGAGGACACUCCGUCGUCAAAGGGAGCGGACCUGAAGUGCGGCCACCGAAUGUGCAAUGCCUGCAUGAAGCGCAACUUUGAAAUGUCGAUUCACGAUCCGCAGCAUAUGCCACCACGCUGCUGCACAAAAAGUCAUAUCCCACUCAAACAUGUGGAUAAGCUAUUCGACAAUGAUUUCAAGAGGACUUGGAACCGCAACGCUGUGGUGAAUGGAUCAAGCCAACCAGCUUUUAUCGAGGAGAAGAUGGUAGAAGAGUCGCUCGCUGUGGUCGUUGCAAGACCAAAGUUUGUCCAAAAUGCAGCGGAUUUGAACAUUCCCACUGAAGACCUGAGGAAGAUUCUCCGGGUCAACAGGCCGAAUUCCAUGGAAGAACUGCGAUCUUACUCAAGGCCCACUUCCUCGAUGCCCGCAACAAGACCGAAACCUCAGGUUUACGACGAGGAGAUGCACCUUCGCCGGCUCCAAGAGCAGCGUGAUGCCGAUUUUGCAAGGAGACUACAGGUCUCGGAUGAGCAUGAGGAUGAGUACGAAGAUGAUCGCGACCAUGAUCAUGACCGUGAUCGUGAUCGUAACCGAGAUCGUAACCGAGAUCGAAAGCGUGAUCGCGAUCGUGGUCGAGACCGUGAUUGGGAGCGAGAACGAGAGCGCGAAAACCCAUUUGCUCCCAUCACUCCUGAGAAAGAUGAGGAGGAGGUGGAUUUUGGGCUCAACAGCAGCAAGCAUCACCCGAUGGAGGAUUACAGACGAACAAGCUUGCCAACCUUACCUACCGCAGCCUCAGCCACACAGCCGCAGCCGCCUUACAACAGCUACGUUUCUGGAGUCAACCGUGCCAGGGGUCCGCAGCGCAGUGGCUCAAUGGAGCAGCGUCUAGCUGAUAGGUUGUCAGAGAACCGCCCAGGACGCCAGUCGAGAGGGCCAUCUCCUCCAGCGCCAGCCAUGCGACCCCAUGUACUGCAUCCAAGAGAUGCAACCAUUGGGCACGCUCCAGAUAUGGGAGUCGGUAUGGCUCUUGGCGCGAUGGGAAGAGGUUCUAUGCCACCACCGCCAGCUUAUGCCCCCGUACCGGCGAUGCCCUCGCCUGGAUUGAUGAGGCCGAAUCCCUUUGGAGGAGACGCGUACUACGAUAAUGCGUACACCACCACGCCAAGAUCAGUUCACGAUCCGUAUUACUAUGGCGUGGAGACGGCUGAAACCGAGCUUCCCUCUCCCCGUCGCAGAUCACGGCGCAGUGGGGAUGAGCGCGAGAGGCCCAAGUCAUCGACUUUGGCAGGGUUGACGGGGUAUGGCCGAGGUGCGCAUCGGGUGUCCGAGUGGAGGGCUUUUGUUGAGCCAGGAUUUCCUGAUGAAUAA